AAUAUAUUUAAACCCUUGAAGAGCAGUUCACUCCUUCAUCUUUCUCCCUGACCGCCGCCGCCGGAGAAACGAAUAACAAGAUGAGGCUAUUAACCCACAACAUGCUCUCCUCAAACAUCAAGGGAGUAAUCAAUGGCUUCCCUCUCCUAAUCCAAGCAGAAAGAGUCGUCGAGAAGCAAGUCGAUUUCAAUCCUGAUUUCCUCAAGAACAUGUUCUCCAAGAUCGAUUGGAAAGCCCUAGCCGACGCUUCAAAGACCAUGGGAUACGAUGAACUCCCUGACGAAGUCCCCGAUCCUUCGGUGCUCGAUUCUCAGGAGUUCUUGCAGAAGUUCCACCAUGCACUCCUGGAGCUUCACCUCGAGGAAGGCGCGCUCGUUUGCCCGGAGACUGGUCGAAGGUUCCCUGUUAAUAAGGGAAUACCUAAUAUGCUCCUCCAUGAAGAUGAGGUCUGAUUAACAAUUCCUUUGAGUUUUAUCCGUUUAUUAGAUCGUAUGUAAUAUGUGCUUCAAAUACAUGGAAAUUUUCUGAGGUUUGAUGUGCUCUGGGAUCAUUUUGUUCCUCUCGUGCAUUUAGGGUUUCUGAAUCGUAAAAAAUUUCAGUAUUGUGAAAACAUGAACAUCACUGAUUCUAACAUCCAUAUUCAAUAUUCU